AUGCAAAUGCAACACCAACACCAACUGCCGCCGACGUCGCCGCGCCCAACCACUCCCACCGCCGGCAAGGACAACGGCAGCAGAACCACCAAGAUCUCAGUCAUCCUAACCGUCUCCUUCUUCUCCCUCCUCUUCAUCUUAUCCCUCUCAUCCUCCUCCUCUUCCCCCAAUUCCUCCUCCUCCACCCGGGUCCGACCCGACCCGCGCCUCUUCCCGACUCGGCGACCCACCUUCUCCAAAAUCCCUUCCGAUCCCGCCCCGCCUUCCGUCGCCUACCUGAUCACCGGAUCGAAAGGCGACUCCAAUCGGAUCCUCCGCCUCCUCUACGCCGUCUACCACCCAAAAAACCGCUACUUGCUCCACCUCGACCCCUCCGCCGCGCCGGCCGAGCGGGAGCGGCUGGCCCUGGCCGUCGAAUCGGUCCCCGUUUUCCGGGCUGCCCAGAAUGUAGAUGUGAUUGGGAAGCCGGAUUUUGCAUACCGGCGAGGGUCGUCGCCGGUUGCGGCUACUUUACACGGCGCGUCUCUGUUGCUUAAGUUGUCCAAGAAUUGGGAUUGGUUUGUUCGCCUGGGAGCUGCUGAUUACCCUCUUGUUACCCAAGAUGAUCUGCUUCACAUUUUCUCCUACUUGCCCAAGGGUCUCAAUUUCGUGAGUCACAGUAAUUACAUUGGCUGGAAAGAGUCUAGAAGAUUGAAACCAAUCAUUGUUGAUCCAGGGCUUUAUCUGGCAGAGAAAAGUUACAUGUUCCAUGCUACUCAGCGGCGACCGUUGCCUACUUCUUUCAAGAUAUUUACAGGCUCUUCCUUCUCAUUUCUCAGUCGUAACUUCGUCGAGCACUGCAUCCUUGGUACAGACAACCUCCCAAGGAUCUUGCUGAUGUACUUCUCAAACACAAUGUCCUCCAUAACCAGCUACUUCCCUACAGUGUUAUGCAACUCGCCUCAAUUCAACAGGACGGUCAUAAACCAGGACUUGCAGUACAAAAUCCUGGAUCAGUCCUUCAGGCAGGAGCCUCGUGCCCUGAACUCCACCGACUUCAAUGCCAUGAUCCGUAGUGGAGCUGCAUUCGCCACCGAGUUCCAGCCUGACGAUCCAGUGCUUGACCGAAUAGACAGUGACGUCCUGGGGAGAAGCCCUGGGGAAAUUGUGCCUGGCGGCUGGUGCUUAGGAAACCCUGCGAACGGUACAUGUUCCGUUUGGGGGGAUGCUAAUGUUCUGAGACCUGGAAAAGGAGCAGCGAGGCUUGAGAAGCGUAUUGUUGAACUGCUGUCGAAUGGACGGUUCAGGUCUCAGCAGUGUAUAUUUGAAUGA